AAAACUUCAAAAGAGAUAAGUAGUGAGGUUAGGAUUUCGGUCGUAUUUACUUCAGUGGCGUCAAACAAAAUCUUUAUAAAUGGAAUCCUUGGAGAAACCUGAAUUUGUGGAAUCUACAUAUUUAGCGCCAUUAAUUGCGGGCGCGUUAGCGGGGAUCUCGGUAGACGUGGCCCUGUAUCCCCUGGACACGCUAAAAACACGGCUGCAGAGUGAACAGGGCUUUCACAAGGCUGGGGGAUUCAGAGGGGUGUACAAAGGGCUUCUAACAGUGGCAACAACUUCAAUGCCAACAACAGCGCUUUUCUUCAUGUCAUAUGAGGCUACGAAGAAGCUUGGCGAGCCCCUGGUGGCCGCAAAGUAUGCUCCGCUGGUCCACAGCGCUGCGGCUUGUGUUGCCGAAGUGUUAGCGUGUGUAAUCCGAGUGCCGACCGAGGUUGCCAAACAGCGCAAGCAGACAUACGUCGGUAUAGAGAAAAAGAGCAGCAUUCGAAUAUUAGUCAAGGCUUACCAAACAGAGGGCCUCCGGCGAGGAGUGUACCGCGGGUUCUUCUCGACGGUCGCUCGGGACCUGCCCUUCAGCUUCCUAGAGCUGCCCUUAUGGGAGUUCCUCAAGACGCAGGUGCGACAACAUAACGGCGGGGAUAUUACGAGUUUUCAAAGUGCAGUGUGCGGGUCCGUAGCGGGCGGGCUAGCAGCCGCGGCCACUACGCCACUCGACCUGGCCAAGACGCGCAUCAUGCUUGCUGAGGACUAUGCGCACACGCGGAAACUGCGCAUCAAGCCGGUACUGCGGAGUAUAUACUCGGAGGCAGGCGUUAGAGGCCUAUUCGCCGGCGUGACGCCGCGGCUCACCGCCUUCAUGGCGGGCGGGUUCGUGUUCUUCGGCGUCUACGACUACAGCAAGCUGAUCGUCAACAACUACAUCGGCAGUUAA